AACUCCAAUGAAAAAUCCCCACCUCUUCUUCAUCGUCACUAUCCUGCGACCUUAAACGGCGUCGUUUCAUCAAUAUUCCAUUACACACACUUAACCUGUGUUUGCGUGUGUAACAAAUCAACACAGUAGUUUGUUAUAACCGUUUCAAUUUCCCUCCAUCUCUCUCUCUCUCUCUCACACACACACAGAGCUAAUCCUUUCACGAGAAUCACAUGAUUUGAUCGGAAACCUAAAAACCGGUUCUAGAUUCAUCGGAAUGAGCUACGGAGCUUGUUCCGGUUGAAUAAUCAUACACCUCGAGCUUGUUUUCACGCUUCAAGGAUUGAAGAUGCUAGAUCUUAACGUCGACGCAGAUAAUAACUGUAAUCGCAGUGGUUUCAAGACUAAUAAUAACAACAAUGCUCUAGAAGAUCGUCAAUCGGAGAUUCAUUCCGGUGCGUCAGUUUCCUCCGGCGUGUUCUACUCCGGCGAGGAUGAUAUUCCUCUACUCGCCGGUGACGGUGACGGUGAUGUCGACGUUGAUGACGAUGACUCUGUAUCAUACAACACUACUGAUAUUUUAGGUCAAAAAGGAAAAUCGGAUGAAAAUUCACAUCAAUCAUCCGUCGAUUUGAUUACGAGGCAGUUUUUUCCGGUGGCUGGUGAUUUAGAGUUAGGUUCUGGAUUGAUGACGUCACGUUCGUCGGCGAUAUCUGUUUUUGGAUCGGACUGGUUGAAUCUCAAGGUUCCGGAGUAUGCGCAGAUGCCGAAGAACACGCUCACGCAACUGGUGCCGCCGCAGAAGGCAAGGAAAAGCCGCCGUGGACCGCCGUCUAAGAGCUCGCCUUACCGUGGAGUGACGUUUUAUCGUCGGACCGGACGUUGGGAAUCGCAUAUAUGGGAUUGUGGAAAACAACUGUAUUUAGGUGGUUUUGACACAUCCUAUGCUGCAGCAAGAGCAUAUGAUCAAGCUGCAAUCAAGUUUCGAGGAACCGAUGCGGAUAUCAACUUUGAUUUAAGUGACUAUGAGGAAGAUCUGGCCCAGAUGAAGAAUCUGUCGAAAGAAGAAUUCAUUCAUAUGCUGCGUCGACAGAGUAACGGAUUCUCACGUGGAACUUCAAAAUACCGAGGAAUAACCCUUCACAAAUGCGGUAGAUGGGAGGCUCGCAUGGGUCAGUUACUUGGGAAAAAGUAUGUUUACCUUGGAUUAUCCGACAAUGAAGUAGAAGCUGCAAGGGCUUAUGAUAAAGCUGCUGUUAAAUGUAAUGGAAGAGAAGCUAUCAUUAACUUUGAGCCGAGUACUUACGGUUAUGGUGUAGAUACGAAUUGCGGAGGAAAGAAUGAAGCAUCUAUUGGUGCAGCAGGUAGUUUCAAUCUUGAUCUGAAUCUGGAUAUCGGUUUUACCUCUCGUGAAUCGCCUUAUGGUAAACGACCAAAGGAAACGACAGGAAUUGGGGUCUCGAACACAUCGUGGCAAAUGCAAACGGCGAUUGGUCAUAAUGUGGCUGUCGCCUCUAACGCAGCAUCAUCAGGAUUCUACUCUUCUGUAAUCAAGUUCAGCGACCCAAUUUUGUUCAACAUAAACAUGCAUAACAAGGCUUCUUCCCAAUACUAAAUCGGUCAAACUAAUCAGUCAAAUAUAUGUUCAGUGGGGGUAACAUAGACCUAUAAUUUUCAUCUCUUUGAUAUGCUUAUAUAGAUGACUGCACAAACUAUAAUAUCACCGAAUUCAUUA